AUGCGCAACCGCCCGGGAAUUGAAGCCGCUCAUAUGCGUUUCAUGCGUGCGCCGACGCCGCCCGCUUCCGUGAAGCCUCGGCCUGUCCUCCCACCGCAUGUGAAUGUGAUCGCCUCCGUCCUCCUCCAAUCCUCCACCUCUAUCUCUAUCUCUGCUGCUCCCUCUCCGAGCGGCAACCCGUGCCGUGCCACGGCGGCGGGAUUGAAUGGGCUCGCCGACGCCGACGCCGCCGCCGCCACCGACGCCAUCAUCACGGGCCAGCUGUUACUCCCUGCGCCUCCACCGGAGGCGGGCGGUGGCGGGUUUAAGAAGAAGGCCACACCGGGGCAAGAUGAAGCUCAUGUACUUUCUGAUGGACGGCGAGGGGGAGGAGCAGCGGUGCCGGGCGGAGGAGCUCCGGCUGGAGGUGUCGGAGCUGGAGGCCGUGCUGGCCAAGGAGGAGCGCCUCAGCCGGGUCCUCCGCUGCUCGCUCCAGGCCGGCCGCCUGGACGCCGCCGCCUGCCGCUGCUGCCUCUCCGCCAACCUCGUCCCAUCCAAGAUCAGGGGGCUCCUCGCGGAGCUGGCGAUCGUGGAGGACGAGAUAUUCUACCUCGAGAAGAAGGUCGACGACCUGCGGACGCGCCUCCUCCGGGAGCGCAACUGGACCCACCACUGCAUUCUUCAGCAGCAGCAGCAGCAGCGGCAGCGGCAGCAGGACUGGCCGCCGGGCCGGCACUGCAUUGGCCGGAGGGAGCUUCAUUGCGGCGAGCAGCUCCCCAGGCUGCCUGGUCCAGGCGGCGGCGGCGGUGGCGAUGGAGGAGGUCUCGAGCGUGAGAGCAAGGCCUCUGCUGGGCCUGCCUCUUCGCAAGGCGAGGAGACUGAUCAGAGCAGAAGAAGCAGCCACUCCUUUGAAAAUCUCAGACCCCCUGAAAGGAAAAUCUGCUCGAGCAGUCCAAGCAAGCUGUCGGAGGAGCUCAUCAAGCUGACGGUGACCAUCUUCCACAAGCUGAGCAGGACGACGAAUCAUGCAGACUCGGAGCUGGAGCUGAGCAGCGCGCCGAAGCUCAACAUCACGUCCUGCAUUGGCUCCUCCAGAAGCCUCGCCCCCAAGCUGUCGUCGUCGUCGUCGAGCGACCGUGCGGCGCCGUCGCCCAUCCGCUCUUCCAAGAGCCGUGCGGCAGCGCCCCCGGAGUGCGGCAGCGACGAAGGGGAGCCGGCCGGCCGGUGCGAGAGGUUCGUCGAGUUCACCCGGAGCUCGUUCGACGCGAGCCGCGUGUCGCUGUGCCUCGCUGACAUCAAGAACUUGAGAGUGCUGAUGAACAAGCUGUGCACCGUGGAUCCGAGCUUCCUGACCAACAAGCAGAAGCUGGCCUUCUGGCUCAACAUCUACAACUUCUGCGUGAUGCAUGCAUUUCUUCAGCACGGUCUGCCUCCAUCGCCGGACAAGCUCCUGGCCCUGCUGAAUCAGGCUUCAGUGAACGUGGGAGGAAGGGUGCUGAGCGUCCUGUCGAUCGAGCGUCUGUUCCUCAGGCACCCCCCUGCUGAGGGCAACAGGCAGGGGACGAUGAUGGAGGAAGUAGGGGAGAGUGACAUGCAGCUCUGCUACGGGCUAGGGUACCCUGAACCCAACGUCGUCUUCGCGCUCUGCAGGGGCAGCCGCUCCUCGCCACCGUGCAGGUCCGGGUGUAUACGGCGGAGGAGGUGUCGAGCGAGCUGGAGGCGGCCAAGGUGGAGUACCUGGAGCGGUGCGUCCGCGUGGCCGGAGCGAGGAGGAAGAAGGCGAAGUCGAAGGCCGCGGCGGGGGCGGCGACGAUCGUGCUGCCGAAGCUGCUGCACUGGCACAUGCGGUGCUUCGCCGACGACGUGGAGUCGCUGCUGGAGUGGGUCCACAGCCAGCUCCCGCGGGCCACCAGGGCGCCCGAGCUCAAGAGGGCCAUCAGGGAACUCCUCCACCGCGGCAGGCCUCCGGCGCCGGAGAAGAUGGUGGAGAUCGAGCCUUACGACGCCGACUUCAGAUACCUACUGCCCCUCGUCUCGUGAAUGCAUAUACUGCCGUGCCGAGUAUAUAGUACUACGUAGUACGGAUUAGGCUGCAUAUAUAUGGUGUCGUGCUGUCACUGAGUACGUACGUGUUGCUGCAUAUAGUUAAACUUAUUUUUGUGUAGUUAUUAUAUGUCAUUAUGUGUAUAUGUACUUGUGGUAGAUGCAUGAAGAGAUCAGAUGAAAAUAAAUGGACGUUGCUAGUAA